AUGCCGAGUAAUAUUCCUUGUCCACCAGCGGCCACUGUACGAACUAAUGUUAUAAGGGUUCCUGGAACACGCGUCGCCGAGAAUUCACUACAGAAUAGCGUAGCAUUAUCAACUGAAAUUGAAGAUGAAAACGUCGCUGCUUUUAAUGUUGGUGGCGAGAAGCGUUUAUGUUGGAAUAGCUUAAUGGAAACAGUGUUGAAGAAUUUCUCCGCUCAUGAAAUCAAUAAGAAAAAGUCUGAUUUAAGAAUUUAUACUGGAUUUUGUAGUAGUAAACAACUUGAAACGUUACAACUGAUCGGAGUGUUGCCUCUAAGUCAAACACAUUGUUCUCUAAUCAGUAAAAGUGAUGCUGCUCGUUUAUGUAGCGUUCUUUUGCGUCCUCCUGACAAAAAUUGUAAUUCCGAUCAAACCAGUCGUUCUCGUGGUAUUGACGUCAGCCAUGAUUGUUUCGGUGGUUGUUCGGGCACUUUUAUAACUGAAAGAUAUACUCAUGUUAAUGCAAAAUGUAUCCAAUGCAGUCAAUGCGGUUGUAUUUUCUCUCCACAGCAAUUUGUCAGUCAUAAUCACAAAGGCUAUGAAAACAGACUAUGUCAUUGGGGAUUCGAUAGCUCGGAGUGGCGCACUUAUUUACAGUUGGCU